AGAGUUUCUUUGACAUGCUGUCGAAAGAGCAGCUCAAAGUGGUCCUCUUUGGUGACGCCUGUACGCAAGUGACAGAUCCUAUCGCUAAGGCAUCCCAGUUCUUCCAGCUAGUUCAACUUACGUAUGGGGAUACACACCCGAUGUACACAGUUGAAAAUUAUCCGAAUUUUUUCCGAGUGGUUCCGAGUGAAGCUGCCUUUAAUCUAGCUCGUGUAGCACUACUUCGACACUUCAACUGGACCAGAGUUGGCACUCUUUACCAAAGUUCUCCUCGCUAUGCCUUGCCCCACAGCAAGUUGCUGACGGAUCUUGAAACUGCCAAGAUAGAAAUUGCUGCUCAACAAGGGUUUGUGGACGAAGUUAAGUCAGCUGUGUCUAAACUGAAGGUGAACAUACAUCCGAUAAGGUGGUCACGUCUCUAGAAGUGGUCUCUGAUAUGAAAAUAAGAUAUUAAUGUCCAGUUCUUAUUGGC